AUGAAUCCUGCGACAAAAAUCAGCACACUGCUCAUCGUGACCUUAUCUCUUCUCUGCUCCGUGGAGAGUCUGAUCUGUAAUGUCUGUAAGCACUCAAGAAAUUCAAAAUGUACUGAAGGCCAAGAGAGAUGCGUUGCAACCCGUGGUCAUUCAUGCGCUACUAUAUCACACUACUCCGACGGAAAAGAGAGUCUCUUGAAGAAGAUCAUCUUCUGUUCAAGAUCCAAAAUUACAUGCCAAGCAAUAUGA